AUGGUCUCGUCCCAGUCAAAAUUUGGGUCCAGUUUAGCUACUUUGGUCAUCAGAGCCAAUGUAGACGGUUUGAGAAUUAUCAUCUACUCUUUAUAUCACCAUAUUGCAACUCUGGCCGAGUCUGCAAAGGCAGGUGUGGAACAAACAGGUACCAAGGCCGAAAUCUACCAGGUUGCUGAGACGUUGCCAGAUACCAUUCUGCAGAAAUUGCAUGCUCCUCCUAAGAAAGAUUACCCUGUGAUCACCGCGGACGUCUUGAAGGAGUACGAUGGGUUCUUGUUUGGUAUCCCAACCAGAUUCGGUAACUACCCUGCCCAAUUUAAGGCAUUUAUCGAUUCUAUCGGAGGUCUGUGGGCUGCAGGUACUUUAUACCACAAACCGUUUGGUGUUUUUGUUUCUACAGGUACCGGUGGGGGUAACGAAACUACCGCAGUCAACUCCUUGUCUACCUGGGUCCAUCAGGGUAUGAUCUACGUUCCUUUGGGAUACGCAGCCGCAUUCCCGCAAUUGACCAACUUGAACGAGGUUCACGGCGGUUCUCCAUGGGGAGCAGGUACUAUUGCUGGAGCUGACGGAUCUAGACAAGUUACUCCAUUAGAGCUGGAGAUUGCAAAAAUCCAGGGAACCGAAUUUGCCAAGGCAAUUGAGAAGUUCUGA